AUGGCCGAUCAAGACGUGGAUUUGGACUCGAUCAUUGAUAGAUUGUUGGAGGUGAGGGGCAGCCGGCCUGGCAAGCAGGUUCAGCUUCUGGAGUCGGAGAUCCGUUAUCUUUGCACCAAGGCUCGGGAAAUCUUCAUCUCCCAGCCCAUACUGCUGGAAUUGGAGGCACCCAUCAAGAUCUGCGGUGAUAUCCACGGCCAGUACUACGAUCUUCUGCGUCUUUUCGAAUACGGUGGCUUCCCGCCCGAGGCCAACUACCUGUUCCUGGGUGACUACGUUGACCGUGGCAAGCAGUCGCUUGAGACCAUCUGCCUUCUUUUGGCUUACAAGAUCAAAUACCCCGAGAAUUUCUUCGUUCUCCGUGGUAACCACGAGUGUGCGUCCAUCAACCGUAUCUAUGGUUUCUACGAUGAGUGCAAGCGGCGGUACAACAUUAAGCUGUGGAAGACUUUCACGGAUUGCUUCAACUGCCUCCCCAUUGCGGCUAUCAUCGAUGAGAAGAUCUUCACCAUGCACGGAGGUCUGAGUCCCGACUUGAACUCGAUGGAACAGAUCCGUCGUGUUAUGCGCCCCACUGAUAUUCCCGACUGCGGUCUUCUUUGCGACUUGCUCUGGUCCGAUCCCGAUAAGGACAUCACUGGCUGGAGCGAGAACGAUCGGGGUGUAUCCUUCACAUUCGGUCCGGACGUCGUGUCGCGGUUCCUUCAGAAGCAUGAUAUGGACCUGAUAUGUCGCGCACACCAAGUCGUCGAGGAUGGCUAUGAGUUUUUCUCCAAGAGACAGCUGGUUACGCUAUUCAGUGCUCCCAACUACUGUGGCGAGUUCGACAACGCUGGUGCGAUGAUGAGCGUCGACGAGAGCCUACUUUGUUCCUUCCAGAUCUUGAAGCCAGCAGAAAAGAAACAAAAGUACGUUUACGGGGGCAUGAGCUCAGGCAGGCCCAUCACUCCUCCGCGAAAGCAAAAGAAGAAGUAA